AUGUCUCUGCAGUCGGAGAUCUCGAAGAACGGCGUACAGACGACUGCCGUUUCUGGCCAGUCGUCUACUGCUGAAGAAGGCACUACCUACAAUGUUGCAGGCAAUGGCAACGUGAUGGAAAAUGGCCUACAAAGAGGCUUGGAGAGUCGCCAUUUGGUCAUGAUCAGCUUCGGGGGUGUUGUUGGGGCUAGUAUCUGGUACGGAACAGGUUUUGCAGUUGCCUACAGCGGUCCGGUGGGCGCGUUGAUAUGCUUCUUCAUCGUUGGAAUUGACGUCUACUUCGUCAUGCAAUGCUUGGGAGAGAUGUCCACAUUAUUCCCCAUUCCAGGAGCUUUCAUAGAACUUUCUGGCCGCUUCGUCGAUCCUGCUCUGGCGUUCAGUGUUGGGUAUAACUAUUGGUACCUUUGGAUCACUAAUAUAGCUGGUGACUUUAAUGCUAGUUCUAUUAUCAUGGGUUAUUGGACCUCCGCAGUGCCUUCGUAUGGCUGGAUCCUGAUCUGGUGGGCAUUUUACCAGGUCACAACGCUCCUAGGCGUCGUUGUCUGGGGAGAGAUGGAAUUCUACUUUGCGUGCUGGAAGCUGAUAUGUAUCAUGGGUGGAUUUAUCUCAGCCAUCUUGCUCAAUACCGGAGCUAUCGGUCACGGUCACGAAUAUAUCGGUUUUCGCUACUGGAAAGACCCUGGCCCCUUUGCUAAUGGCAUCAACGGCUUUGGGCAAUCCUUUCUGCUGGCCGCAGUGUAUUAUUGCGGCACUGAAAUGCUCGCACUUACUGCAGCGGAAAGCAAGCGUCCCGAGAGAGAUGUUCCGAGGGCUAUCAAGCAGACAUUCUGGCGGAUUUUGAUCAUCUUUAUGGGUCUUGUCUUCUUCGCGGGAAUCCUUGUGCCUUCAAACAGUCCGGAGCUGCUCACUGCCGCCACCAAAUCUGGCAAAUCUCCAUGGACUAUUGCAUUUACCAAUGCUGGAGCCCCCCAACUUGGAAAUGUAGUCAAUGUUGUUAUGAUCACUGCACAAUUCUCGUCCAUGAACUCGGCACUUUAUGUUGCAUCUCGAAGCCUCGUCACGCUCGCUUCUCGUGGGCGGGCGCCAAAGUUCUUCGCUAAAACUACAAAGAAUGGAACCCCAGUCUACUCUCUUGUGUUCUGCAAUGCCCUUGGCCUCAUAGCCAUUCUGAACUACAGGGCCGGUCCGGGCAAGGUGUUUACGUAUCUCGUUGACAUUUCAGGAUCAGCUACGUACGUUGCAUGGGCGGUUAUUGGAGUAACGCAUAUGCGGUUUCGCAGAGCUUGGGUCUUGCAGGGCAACCGCGUCGAAGAUUUGCCCUACAAGGCUCUAUUCUACCCCUAUGGCACAUGGUUUGUAAUUUUCAUCAAUACCUUCCUGACCUUGAUCGCGGGCUACUCGGUCUUCAUUGACGGGUUUGAUGCCGUGGGCUUUGUCGUCAACUACAUUGUCGUUGCCGUUUUCGUCGUUCUCUUCGUGGGAUGGAAGAUCAUUAAGAGGACAAAGAUGGUGCCGCUGAUGGAGGUCGAUUUAGUCACUGGUCGAAGAGAGAUCAUUCCAGACAUCGAGGAAGCGCCGAAGAAAGACGCCCCCUGGUAUAUCAGGGCUGGACGAUCCAUCUUCAGCUAA